AUCGUAUAUGAGUAUGAUUUCUGAAAUCUCCCUUGUAAAUUAUGAAGUGAGAAAAUUCGAUGAAAUUCCAAUGAAAAUUACUUCAUCGUCCAAUCUCCGAUAUGCCUUGGGCACCCCGGAGCCUUCCGUCCCUCACUGUCAAGCGAUUUUUCGCUUCUAGGGAUGAGAAGGGGGGAGUGGGGGAUUUGUAAAUACCCGUCAGCUGACCAGGAUAUCUCUAACAAGAAAGGUGAUAUUAGAGCACGUCGUCUCGUCCGAAACCUCGAUAAAGUAGUGAAUCCCUCGUGGAGGACGCGGUUUCGAUUUGGACUCUGCGUGUCCCGACGCAGUCGGACGAGGAGUGAAUACGUGGUGGGGAGGGGAUCAGUGGAUGCCCGUCAGCUGACGAGGAUGCCUCGGAGAUGCCUCGCGAUUAGCAGCGAGCGACGACGACGACGACGCCGAGGAGGAGGCGGGGGCGGAGGAGAAGCGUAGGCGUCCGGAGGGUUGGCGUUCGGGUCGGCCCUGCGGCCUGCGGGGGUGUGUGCGGCGAUCGAGGAGGACUCGAGGAUGUUCUGCGCGGAGGGCUCGUCGUCGAAGGGCAGCUUCCUGCAGCAGAAGAAGGCCGCGCGCGAGGAUCGGGCGCACGAGAAGCGCAGAGAGGCCGCGGCCACCCUGAUCCAGGCCCACGUCCGAGCCUGGCUAGCCCGCGUCCGGUUCACAAAACGGAUACUAGAAGAAUUUGAUAACAAUUUCCUUGAUGAUGCUGGCGCUGACAAUGCGUUGGUAGAACUGAAACCCGCUCUGGAGGUGUAUAGAAUUAUUUCUAGAUUUUUGUUAAUUUAUAAGAAAGAAAGGGAUCAAGACAGAAUAGAGAGAGUGUGUAGAUACCUUGUACUGACUCUCGAUUCUGAGUCUCCAAAGAUAUCUUACGUUGGAGUGGCGUUCAACAAGGAUCACUACAUAUCAUGGAUAUCGCAAAUGAAGACAGUUUUGUACCACUGCCUCUCUGGCUUGGACAGCCUGAAGCCGGAGAGGGUAUCGGACCACAAAUCUAUUCUUCUGCGACUACACACCCUGGUGAGUUUUACAUCGCCAGGAACGUGGGCUAUUCAAAAGGUGAAGGGCAUGGACCAGCUGAAAGCUGGUAUGAGCCAGCUGUGCGCGAACAUAAUGGGUCACCUAGUUAACAAUGGAUUCUACGCUAUUAUGCAGACUCUCCUAAUGAAGGGACUGGGUAGAGCGAAAAUCGCUCUGAAACCGGUUACACUUUCAGCAGCGGUUACUCUGACACUGAGACCAUUGAUCUCUUCCCAAAUGUCUGACAAGCUAGUGUCCCUGUUCCUAAUUAACAUCUUUAGCGUGCCAGCUCUGGUCUAUCACCUGAAUGUCUUGUCACCAGAGUGCAUUUCAUCGUUCAUAACGAAUAACCUCUUUGCGAGAAGUUUGGAGUUGCUAAAUUCUGAACAAAAUUUGAGGAUCGUCUUUAACGCGCUGGAGGGCAGUUAUGCGCUUUGUUUGCUCGCUAAUUUGAUACAACUAGCAAACAUUGAAAGGGAGGAAGUAUUGAGAGACCUCUGCUUUCCUUCUUUUACAUUUGUCGUUACAAGAAUGCUGGAAGCAUGUCAACAAUACGUAGUCGCCAAACGGAGUAAUUUGACGCAUUGGCAUCCAGUAUUAGGCUGGUUUGCACAGACAAUCGAUACCUCAUUGCAGGAUGCAACUCCUUCGGUAAAGGUGCAGCUCGCAUGUCUUUGGACAGGCAGGAUUGUUACGCAUUUAAUCGAGCAGCCACUAACUGAAUUUGUUGAGAAAGAGGUAUCAUCUCCGGUAGAACAGCAAAGUACCUCUUCCAUGGGCGCCAAUAUUUUCCGACGAGCAUUUCUCGAGGCUCGCACUAAUAGAAACAACAGCACCAAGAACUAUAGGAAACUGGGCAGUCCAGAGGCUACCAAGAUAGCUCUGAUUUGUUCUCUGUAUCAAACGGCAUUGCACACCCUUACGCAGAUGAAAAUAGAAAUACUGACAGGAUUGUGCUAUCAAGGCAAAAUUCUGUAUCAUAUGUGGCUGUUUCUGACCACCCUGGGACCGCACUGUGGUUUGAAAGCGUUUCUAGAUCUCUUGGCAGCCAAUACUAAGUGCACUGCACCCGAGUUCCAGAUGUUAAUAUUGUUUGCGGACUGUAUGACGCACUAUGUUACCAUCUUAGACGACAUGGAGAUGUACGAGCAUCAAGAUCCCUUCAAGCUCACGGACUUCAUCACUAUGUCGUACUUUUUAAAUCAAUUCUUGUACAAAGCGGUUCUCACUAAUUUAUUCGAUGUGAAAUCGGUAUCUAGCAAUCCUCUGUUUAUUUCACUUUACAUUCUUUUAAUGGCAAUCUAUCGACGUGAUUGCCGCAGGACGUUCUGCCCGGAAGGUCACUGGUUAGCCAAGGAAGUACGAGUAUCUGGCUUCUUGGCUGAUUUGGAAAAGGGACGACGUGGCGCAGCGCUUUUACUUUCAAAAAUGCCUCAUGUCAUUCCUCAUUCCGAGCGAGUUGUAUUAUUUCGUAAACAUAUAGCCGAUGAAAAAGCUGUGAUGGGUUUGACUGAGAGUGCUUGUAACAGUCCUCCGACUACUCUCAUCGUCGUACACAGAACACGGAUAGUCGAGGACGGAUACAGACAAUUGGCCAUGUUGCCGUCACAGGCAUUGAAAGGUGUAAUCAGGGUACGUUUCGUGAACGAGCAAGGUCUAGCCGAAGCCGGCAUUGAUCAGGAUGGAGUUUUCAAGGAGUUCUUGGAAGAGACAAUAAAGCGAGUAUUCGACCCAUCUCUGAACUUGUUCAAAGCUACCAGCGAAAACAGGCUCUACCCAUCUCCCACGUCUUUCAUGCAGGACAAUCACUUGCAACUGUUCGAGUUUGUCGGGCGGAUGCUCGGCAAAGCAGUUUACGAGGGUAUCGUCGUGGACGUGCCUUUCGCGUCAUUCUUCGUUUCACAAUUUUCUGGGCAAACAGGUGGCGCGUUGUACAGCUGGCUGGACGAGCUCGCCUCGCUGGAUCGCGAUCUCUACCGUAGUCUGACUUUAGUGAAGCACUACAAAGGCGAUAUUCGUCAGUUGGAGUUGACAUUCUCUCUCGACGAGGAUGUGCUCGGAAAGUUGGUCACGCACGAGCUGAUCACUGGCGGGCGCACGACCGCCGUGACCAAUCAAAACAAGAUUCAAUAUAUUCAUCACAUGGCGCAUUAUAGAAUGUAUCAUCAGAUCAAGGAGCAAACGACCGCCUUUAUUAAGGGAUUCCGCUCGAUCAUUAAUCCCGAGUGGCUGUCGUUGUUCUCGACACCCGAGUUACAGAGAUUAAUUUCGGGUGAUAACGUACCUUUAGACCUGCGAGAUUUACGAAGACAUACUCAAUACUACGGCGGGUUUCAUGAUAGUCAUCGAGUGGUAUGCUGGCUGUGGGACAUUUUGGAGAAGGAUUUUACGGAAGAGGAAAGAGGCUUGUUCCUAAAGUUUGUAACGAGUUGCUCGAAGUCACCUUUGCUGGGUUUUGCACACCUGGAGCCACCUUUCUCUAUACGAUGCGUAGAAGUGUGUGACGAUGAAGACACCGGCGACACUAUUGGCAGUGUAAUCAGGGGUUUCUUUACGAUUCGCAAGAAGGAUCCGCAGAACCGACUGCCCACUUCAUCAACAUGUUUCAACUUGCUUAAGCUGCCGAAUUAUCAAAAAAAGAGCACGCUGCGAGAGAAGCUGCGCUAUGCCGUCACUAGCAAUACCGGUUUCGAACUCUCUUAAGUGUUACCGGUCACGCAUUUUUCCUUCUCAGGAAAGAAAUAAUGAGCGAAGGAUUGUGCGAAUUUGUCGAAACAUCAUGCGCGAAUUUUCGACAAUCGCAACAAAAUGAGAUUCGAUCGGCAAUCGGAUACGCCGUAAGAUUUCAUAGGGAUGAAAAAAUGACUGACACGAUCGAUACCUCGAAUUCGACACUCUAAAGCGAUGUCAAGUGAUGCCUAAACCGCCCUUAUCCCUAUCCAGAUAUAUUGUAUAAUCUACAGCACGAUUAAAUUAUCUGUUGAUUUUUAGGUGACGCAAACAUCUUAGAUGUGUCGUGAUUUUCUUUGAGAAAACAGCGACCUCAGUAUUGUUCGGGAAUCGAUGGUAUCGUGAAGCAACAUGUGAAUGUACAACAUAAGGGUACACAAUAACGAGUUCUGCGAAUAGUUAACUGUUAGAUACAUACGUAUACACAUAUAUAUAUAUAUAUAUAUAUAUAUAUAUAUAUAUAUAUAUUAUAAUUAAAUAAAUUUCAUCGUAUAACGAGAGCUAAGUAUUUUAGGGUGGAGCCUGUUUACAACGUUCGUUUCUGCGGUCUUCGAUAUAUUCAUACAGGCACACACUAUCGAUUUGAAAUACAUCAUACCUCAUGAGCUUAAUACCGCUGAGAUAAUUGUGCGCUUGUUAGUGAAUAGAGUCGUUGAUCAAACAUUACAUUAAGAUCAGGGGAUGGCGGACAUUUAAAUUUAUUUUCAUAGAUAAUGUUGAAAAUAACAUUCAUUACCACUCGGGCCCGCUGAUUGAUGGGUAUCCACUUUGGAAAUUGAAUUAAUAAGCAGGGAAAGACCGCAUCCAUAAUCGUGAUCCUGAAAGUUUGUAAUAUCUUACACAAUUAUAAAUUACUAAAUUAUUACUUGAUUUAUUCUCUGAAUUAUUACUCAGUAUAAUUAGAGUAAUUAACUUAAGGUUAUAAUGUAGAACGAUACUUUGAGUUUAUAUUUUUACAAAAAAUUUUUUUACUUAUAUAUUUCACUUUUUUAAUUGUGAUAAAACUUGGAAAAGUAUAGAGGUUCCUAAAAUGAGGAAAUUAGUGUAUAAUGAUAUGUUUUGUUGCAUUUCAAACUGUCGUGGACACAAUCUUUUGUAAAAAAUUUUAAAAGGCUGUGAUCCAUACUGUUUAUUGAUUCAAUUGAGCUUGCAUUCGCACUUUGGAAAAGGUUCGCCACUCCCGCUAUUUAACAGGAACAUCCUUGGAAUUGGGGGAUGCCUUGUCGACGAACUAGCGCGCGUGCGAAGUAAGUCUCUGUGAGCAAUCAAAAAACGACUUGCGUGUUUCUAAAAAAAUUUUCUCCAAUAAGAGAAAGAUCAAUGGGGGAGACCGCGAUCUAUUUUGAAAGCUAUUUUCUCAAGAUUUUUGUACGGAUUAUUGGCGCGACGUGCCAUCUAAUCGAUUUAAUACGAUCUAAAAGGUACAAUUCCCAUGGGCGCUCGCGGACGAGAAGUCCCUGGGAUUCGUUCCGAUCGAAGGAGAUUAUGACAAGAGUCUCGUCGUAUUCCACGCGGUUGGAAAGUUCUUCGAAUGUCCGUAAUAAGAAACUGAUUGAAUAACAAGAGAUUAGAGAAGGGAAAAAGGAGAAAAAACAAAGAGAAAUGUAUUUUUUUAAUUUUAAAAUAAUACAUAUUUUCCUUGUAUUUGUCUCUAGUGAAAUUUUAAUCGUCGUGACAAGUAAAUGAGAGAUAGUUUGAUAAAGAAACUGCACGUGGACAAAAUGAAAUUUAUAAUACUAUAAUUUAUAUUAUAUUAAUGUACAUCAUCGAUUUAAUUUUAUCUUUUUAUCACACUUUUAUAUCGCAAUUGUUAGGUGGAGAUUUUUAACGAUUAGUCCAAUUGCUUAAACAGUCUGAUCAUGUUUAACUCGAGUUUCCAUAGAGUGGUGCCAGAUUUUUUUCGCUCAUUAUACGGCGUGAAGUCGACGAAGAUUUUAUCCUUCGAACAAAACUCGUCGUGAUCGCAACGUGUGCGAGAUACAAACGUGUGUUUAUAAAUACGAAAAAAAAGAGAGGGCCACAGAAAAAAAAGGUGCUGCGAUAUUCCGCGCGAGAAGCGAAGUCUGUAAUGAUGUAAUAUUAUUAUUGCUCUUGCCUUUCGGGUACGCAUUCUUCUGGCAGACGACAAUGCGCAAGCGGCAUUGACGUUGGAAGGAAUUCGAUAAUAGACCAAAGAUAAGGGCGAAUGAUUCGUGAGAUGUAAUCUCUGCAUAUUUUCCUACGUGAUUAGGCCGAUUCGUUGCGAGCGUGCUGUAAACCUGCGUUCACGCAAUCGAUGAGAUCGCAAUUACAAAAAAAAAAAAAGAGGACGCGCCGCAUUGUUGAACGUUUGUACGAUUUUUAUUUUUCGAGGUGAACAACACGAAGAUGCUCUCAUCGCAUCGGAGCGCGUAGAAUAUAACUGAUCUUCAAAUCAUGCAUGUUCAAUGUAGCUGUAAACUCAGUCUUACUUGGUGUUUGUGCAAUAUCUAUUAGUUUCCGAGUAUACAGUCAAAUUGACUCUUCCUUUAUUUACGCGAUAUGUAGGGUUAUUGCAUUAGUCGCUGAACAAUCACCAGUAAAUGACUAUUUCAGAAAAGUAUUAAAAUAAUAAGACUUUAAAAUAAUAAAUUGCGAAUUGAUUCUACUUUUUAUAAUCUAAUUUUUAUAAAGAUUUUGUUAAGAGAUCAUUUUUUUAAUUGUAAUCAAAAUUUCAUGUAUGUAUUCAUUGAUUAGUUCAAUUUUUUAUUUGUUCACUGACUGGUGCAGUGAACCUAUAUUUACAUCGACGCUAAGUUAUAUUUGUACAUUGUUGUAUAUUCGACUUAAUUAGGGACGUUGCGUGAGCGCGGGAUUGUGUGCAUUUAUUAAAAUGAAGCAGCGAAUACUUCGGCACGUAUACUCGUCGUAAGAGCGAUAAAGUUUACAGGACGACUAUCAGUAUAAGUAUAGGCUUAAGAUUGGCAUAAUCGAACGGGAAACUUGCGAUUGUAAGACGAUUCGACGCUCGCCGCGAUAACGAAUUUCAUUGCAUUUACGAGGUUUAACAAUUAACGAGACCGCGCGAGAUAACUCUUCGUCGAAAGAGAGAAACAGAAGAAAAAAAAAAAGGAUGCAGGGAAUGUAGCAACGCAACUGUGAAGCGAGUUUCUCUUACAAUUGCAAAGCGAACGAAGGCGACGCAUUGUGUAAAUCGCUCGUCUCGAUUAUGCAACGGCCGCCCCGCGCUCGCCGUUUGUUAAUCGACGGUUUAAAUUAUUAAGAUUCUGUGUAACGAGGAGAGGAGAUUCUGUGUAAGAACGGGAGAGAUCCGCUAAUUUCAUAUACGGUGAGGAUUGGCAACAAUCGUGUAAAUAUAUACACACGUCGUAAAAGGUGUUGCAUUAAUGUCUCUCGUGUGCAUUUCGCUUUCCUUCAUUACGCAACCGAUCCCUUCCUGCGAAAAAGGCAGAGAAAAAGAGAGAAGAGGAGGAUGAAACUCGCAAACUCCAUUGCCAAAAGGAAGAAUGAAAGUUCAGAUAGGAGUUUCGCGGAAGUAGGUGACCGAUUUUGAGAUCGGCCAGCUUAUCGCUUGUUCCAACGACGGAUUAUCUCACUUAAUUAUUUCGAGAUUUAUCAUUGUACUUCGCGCGAAGAAAUAUGUUCGAGUCGAAAGAAAGAGAACUGCGAACGCGUUGCAUGUUAGCAAUACAAUUUUGACGAGUUCACACACACUACAUACUGUACAAAAAAAAAAGAUUGCCCUGUUUCAACGUACACACUGUAAUAAGAAAGCGGGAAAAAAAAAUUUAUACGCAUGUAUAAUUUUAUUAACGUUACAAAACUCGAUGUAGGAAAAAGUCAGGGGAGAGAAGUUCGAUUUCCUUUAAUAAAAUCACUAAAACGAUG